CUCCAGCCUCCCCUUCCCUCUCCCCCCCAAAUCUGACCAAACUGUCCUUGGAAUCAUCAAGUAACCCAACCCCCUGCGAAAUAGCCCACCAUGGUUGAAAGUGUUCUGGACGAUAUCUCCCAUCGGAGAUUCAAUCCUCUCCGAGGCUCCUACAUCCUGGUCUCCCCGCACCGCACCAAGCGCCCCUGGCAAGGACAACAGGAGAGCCCCUCCAAGACCACUCUCCCCGCCUAUGAUCCUGCUUGCUACCUAUGCCCCGGAAACAAGCGCGCUCAGGGGGACUCCAAUCCAACGUACGAGAAGACCUUUGUGUUUGUCAAUGACUACAGCGCGGUCAAGGAGGAGCAAGCACCUUACAGCCCCGAAGGUGGAGAAGACGACGACUCGUUCUUUCUCCGGGCAGAACCAGUCACCGGGAAAUGCUAUGUACUCACCUUCUCAGCGGCGCAUAACCUGACACUGGCGGAUCUAUCUCCAGCAGAGAUAGUACCUGUUAUUGACGCGUGGACUGAAAUCUACACAGCCCACCUGUCCCCAAAGUCGCCAUUAGCCGCCAUCGCGCCCGCGACCACUCUGCCCCCCAACUCCCCGACCGCCAGCCUAACCAAGCCAAAGGAGCAAUACCGUUACAUGCAGAUCUUCGAGAACAAGGGCGCCGCCAUGGGAUGCUCAAACCCCCACCCUCAUGGCCAGGUCUGGACCACCAGCUCUCUGCCCGAGGAACCAGCCAUGGAGCUGGAGCAGCUGCAAAAAUACCGCCGCGAGAACGGAGGUAAGCACAUGCUGGAGGCGUACGCGGCUCUCGAAGGCCGGAAACAGGAACGUGUGGUCUUCGAGAACGCCGCUUUCAUCGUCCUGUGUCCCUGGUGGGCGGUCUGGCCCUUCGAGACCAUGAUCGUCAGCAAGACGCACAAGCGUGCCCUCGUCGACUUGAACCCGGACGAAAAGCUUCUCCUGGCUGAGGCCAUUGGGGAAAUCACCAGACGCUAUGAUAACUUGUUCGAGACCCAUUUCCCUUACAGCAUGGGCAUCCACCAGGCCCCACUGGACGGGACCGACGAGGAGAUCGAGUCGUCAUAUCUUCAUUUGCACUUUUAUCCUCCCCUGCUGCGCAGUGCUACCGUGCGCAAGUUCUUGGUCGGGUAUGAAAUGAUGGGUGAGCCCCAGCGUGAUAUCACUCCCGAACAAGCCGCCGCCAGACUACGGGGAUGCGGAGGCGAGCUUUACAGGAAGAAGAUCAAUGAUCAAUAGAAGCGGGGGGGUUGUUCUGAGUCGGCAUGGGUGGAUAUAUGUGCUGUAUAUAUAACUACGUAUAUCCCUACAUCUUAGAGGUCGCCCGCAGUGGUUACUCGGGCGCAGAUCGAAUUCGCUACAUACAGAAUGAUUGGUUCUACUGUAUGUACGUACUAGUGGCCGGGUGCAAGCUGCCCAACUUUAGAAGAGGUGAACAGAAUACGUAUAGCACAUCACAUGGCUGGAUUAUUGUCCCUUCGA